CCUAGCACUGUUUUACCACGAUUACUACCAAGUGAAAAAGCAAUUAACUAAGCAUAUAUAGCGUGUAAGACAGUGAGAAAAAAAGUGUUGUGUAGAGAGAAAUGGCUAGGUGGUGCAUCUUGGUGGUUCUUGCCCUUGUCGUGGUUGCAAGUGCCAGAAAUAUGCCCAAUGACGCAGGUUUGGAGGACCAGAAGAACUUCCUCGGGUAUGGGUUCUCUGGAGUUGGCAACAAUGGGCUUCCCUUUGGAGGAGUGGGUUCUGGGUUUGAUGGUAAUAUGGGUGGGCCUUCUGGGCUCGGUGGAUUUGGAGGAUUCGGUGGGCCUAGCGGGCUCGGAGGUCUUGGUAACGGUGAAGGGCCCAACCUUCCUCUCCCUUGAGAGUUGAGACCACACACCUUCGUGUUUCUUAAUUUCGGUCGCUAUUAUCAUAGCCUAUAUAGUGUUUCUUUUAGUGUUUGUUCAAGAAAAUAAUUAUGGCGUGAGGUGUUAUUGUCUUCUAAGAAAUCUAGGCUUUGUCGCCUGAAAAGAAUAGUAGUGGUACGUAGUAGUACUAGUGUGGGGUUAUAAAAAAAAAGAAAGAGUAGUAGUAGUAGUGUGGUUUCAUGGUUUGUAACGAGUGUGUUUUUCCUACAUGUUAUCAUGUAUGGUUCUGUUAGUUUUAUGGGAUGCAUAUUUUCACUUGGAAUCAAAACUCAAGUAUUUUGCAAUA